CGUGCCUGACAGGACGCGCGGCGCACCGAGCAGCAGCAGCGGCAGACAGCAGCGGAGUUGGUACGAACAUCUUCGACUUCUCAAACCAAAAACACCUCGGCUGCUCCGCUCACGGAUAUGCCUCGGACUGGUCGCUGUUUUCCUGGGAAUACUCGGCGGAUUUAGCGUGCGAUCGCCGCGGAGAAGAUGCCUAAACGCGAAGCAGGCAGCGCCGGAGAAAGUGUGCCUUGUUUGGAGCGGAACGGCUCGUGUGCCACCACAUAGAACUCGGAGUGCAUCGAGGCCAGCAGCAGCCUGUAGCACCAAUUAGCUCGUCGGGCUAACGCUAGCUCGCUAACGUUACAGGUGUUUAAGGCAGCAAAUAAACCAAACGUGACUUGUAGCUGUAGUUAGCCGGCGACAAGCUGCUAUCCCGAGUCUUGACUUAACGCCGAACUAAACGUGCCUGUUGUGAGCUUUUCGGCGAACGCCAAGUAGCAAGUAUAACACUUAGCAACAUUGUUAUUAGCCGUUAGCUUUUCGGCUAGCCCCGUGUUUACAACAGCAGCGGGGCUAGCGACGUUAGCCGCCGAGCUAACGAGUUAACUUUAUUGCUACAUGUGCUUAUUUUCUUUUAUAGGUCGUUUUUCACUGUUUAACCCGACUCGAGUCCACUGUGGUUCGUUGUAAGUGUUCAUAUUUGCAAACGAGCCGGUUUUACUUUUUUAUUUUCCGCCGUGCCUGCCCUGGACUGACCCACCCAAAAGGACUAUCUAUCCGGGGCCGAUGCUGACAGUUCAGCCCGGACCACGGCAACGCCAGGAGCCGCUACAGCAAUGCAGCCCCAGCAGAUAUACGACUUUUCGAGUGACGAGAACAGUCACAAAUGGAGAGGCCUCUUCGUGCAAGCUUUACGAAAGGUACAGAAGCAGGUCCACCCAAACCUGACGGCGAAGGAGGAUGCCCUCCAGCACAUCGAGGAGCUGAUCCUGCAGCUGCUCAACAUGCUGUGUGUGGCCCAGCCUCGCUCUGUGCAGGAUGUAGAGGAACGUGUCCAGAAAACUUUCCCCCACCCCAUAGAUAAGUGGGCAAUCGCCGAUGCCCAGUCAGCCAUCGAGAAACGUAAGAGAAGAAACCCUUUACUUCUCCCGGUGGACAAGAUACACCCAUUGCUUAAGGAGGUUUUGGGCUACAAAGUGGACUACCAUGUUUCCCUGUACAUCGUGGCGGUGCUUGAGUACAUAUCAGCAGAUAUACUGAAGCUGGCGGGCAACUACGUCGGCAACAUCCGUCACUUUGACAUCAGCCAGCAGGACAUCAAGGUGUCCAUGUGUGCAGACAAGGUGCUGAUGGACAUGUUCGACCAGGAGGAGGACUUCGGCUUGAUGUCGCAGUGCCCAGAGGAGCCGUCGUCCUCCGGGGAGCUCACGUACGACGACCUGGUGAGGCUUGAAAUCGCAGAGGAGCGGCAGUACCUGCGAGAGCUCGACCUGAUCAUCAAAGUGUUCCGCCGUCACUUCCUGUCCGACCCGAAAAUCUUCUCGACUCAGGACGUGGAGGUGAUCUUCAGUAACAUCCUGGACAUCCACGAGCUGACGGUGAAGCUGCUCGGACUGAUCGAGGACGCCGUGGAGAUGACGGCUGACGGCAGCCCUCAUCCGCUGGUGGGCAGCUGCUUUGAAGAUCUCGCGGAGGAGCAGGCGUUCGACCCCUAUGAGACUCUGUCCCAGGACAUCCUCAGCAGGGAUUUCCACGAGCACUUCAACAACCUGAUGGCGCGACCUGCAGUCGGCCUCUACUUUCAGUCAGUUGGAGAGGGCUUUAAAGAAGCUGUCCAGUAUGUCCUCCCCCAGCUGAUGAUGGUCCCAGUGUACCACUGUAUGCACUACUUUGAGCUACUGCAGCAACUUCAGGAGCGCAGUGAAGACCAAGACGACAGAGAAUGUCUGAAACAGGCGAUCACAGCUCUGCUUAACCUUCAAUGUAGCGUGGAGCGCAUCUAUGCCAAGCACCAGCCUCGCCGCAAACCUGGUGAGCCCAUGUACCGCCUCUACAGCAGGCAGGUCCGUAGCAAACAACUCGCCAUCAAACGCAUGAACGAGAUCCAGAAAAGCAUCGACGGCUGGGAGGGGAAGGACAUCGGCCAGUGCUGCAGCGAGUUCAUCCUGGAGGGGCCGCUGCUACGAGCCGGCGCCAAGCACGAGAGACACAACUUCCUGUUCGACGGCCUCAUGAUCAGCUGCAAGGCCAACCAGAGCUCGCGGCUGCCGGGGUCGGGCAGCGGCGCCGAGUACCGCCUGAAGGAGAAGUUCGUGCUGAGGAAGGUCCGCAUCGUGGACCGCGAGGACUCGGCGGAGCUGCGGCACGCCUUUGAACUGAUAGGCAAAGACGAAAACUGCGCGGUUUUCUGCGCACGGACAGCAGAGGAGAAGGCGGCGUGGAUGGCGGCGCUGGUGACCCUGCAGUACCGCUCCACUCUGGACCGCAUGUUGGACACGGAGCUGCAGCAGGAGGAGCAGGCGCAUCCUCUCAGACUGCCUUCUCCGGAGGUUUACCGUUUCGCUGUGCAGGACUCUGAGGAGAAUAUAGUGUUCGAGGACAAGGUGCAGAGCAAAACGGGGAUCCCCAUCAUCAAGGCCGGCACUGUGGUCAAACUCAUAGAGAGGCUCACAUACCACAUGUAUGCAGAUCCCAACUUUGUGCGCACAUUUCUCACCACGUACCGAUCGUUCUGCAAACCACAGGAGCUCCUCACUCUGCUGACAGACAGGAUUGAAAUCCCCGAGCCAGAACCGACCGAGGAGGACCGACAGGCUCUCUGGAACGGAGACCAGCCGAUGGCGGCCGAGCUCCAGAGGUUCCGAAAGGAAUACGUGCAGCCGGUCCAACUCAGGGUUCUCAACGUUUUCCGUCAGUGGGUCGAACAUCAUUUCUACGACUUUGAGAACGAUCCAGAGCUGAGGAGUCGACUAGAGGAAUACAUCACCAGCAAAAUCCAACUGCGAGGAAAGUCCAUGAGAAAGUGGGUGGAGUCCAUCAACAAGAUCAUCAGGAGGAAGCUGCAGACUCAGUCGAACGGCGUCAGUCACAACAUCACCUUCGAGAGUCCGCCUCCGCCCAUCGAGUGGCACAUCUGCCGAGCCGGACAGGUGGAGUCGUUCGACCUCAUGACCCUUCACCCCAUCGAGAUCGCCCGCCAGCUGACGCUCCUCGAGUCCGAGCUCUACAGAGCCGUGAGGCCGUCUGAGCUGGUCGGCAGCGUCUGGACCAAAGAGGACAAAGAGAAGAACUCGCCCAACUUGCUCCGUAUGAUCCGUCACACCACCAACCUCACGCUGUGGUUCGAGAAGUGUAUCGUCGAGACGAUGAACCUGGAGGAGAGGGUGGCCAUGCUGUCGCGCGUCAUCGAGAUUCUGCAGGUUUUCCAGGAGCUCAACAACUUCAACGGCGUGCUGGAGGUGGUCAGCGCCAUCAACUCUGUCCCCGUCUACAGGCUCGACCACACCUUCGAGGCAAUACCAGAGAGGAAAAAGAAAAUCCUGGAAGAAGCAGUGGAACUGAGCCAGGACCAUUUUAAGAAAUACUUGGCUAAACUCAAGUCAAUAAACCCACCCUGUGUGCCUUUCUUUGGUAUCUAUUUAACCAACAUCCUGAAGACGGAGGAGGGCAACCCUGACUUCCUCAGACGCCACGGCAAGGAGCUGAUCAACUUCAGCAAGAGGAGGAAAGUGGCCGAGAUCACAGGAGAGAUCCAGCAGUAUCAGAACCAGCCCUACUGUCUGAAGGUGGAGCACGACAUCAGGAGGUUCUUUGAGAACCUGAACCCGAUGGGCAACAGGAGCGAGAAGGAGUUUGCCGACUACCUGUUCCAAAUGUCUCUGGACAUUGAGCCACGGAACUGCAGGCAGCCUCCCCGAUUUCCCAGGAAGACCGGCUACACUCUGAAAUCUCCGGGGAUCCGGCCCGUACGAACGUCUACCUCUGGCACCCUGAAGGGCCACCCCGUCCCCCUGGAGAGAGAGCCCCCACACAAGAUCACUUUCCGGAGCAUCGCCGAGACGGAGCCGGAGAUGCCAGCGUCGGCCUCGGUGCCCACCUCCCCGAACACGCCCACCCCUCCGCAGUCCGCCUCCUCCGACCUCUGCUCAGUCUUCAUGGAGCAUGACCUCAGCAGCUCCUACGGCGGUAGUAACGCCAUAUUUGCUUCAGUCCUCCUGCCGCCUUCAAGGUUCCAGUCUGUGUCUUGCGGCAGCCUCCACCAGCUGGUAGAGGAGCUGAAGCCGCCUCCUCUGCCGCCUCGAAGGAAAGACGCCAUGUCUGAAGCUAAACUGAGCUCCAAGUCCGACAACCCUCCAGCCAUCCCUCCACGGCUGCCUCCUCCGGUUCCCCGGAACCAGCCCCGGUCGCUGGUCCACAACGGCCCGCCCAUCGACGGCCCCCUGAGCAGCCCUCCUCCUCCGCCUCCCCGCGACCCCGUCCCCGACACGCCUCCCCCGGUGCCCCAGCGGCCCCCGGAGAUCUUCAUCAACUACCCCCUGAACCUGCAGCCCUCCCCGGUGGGCCGAUACCACUGGGACUUCGGCAGCUCGCCCAGCUCGCCCAACACGCCGCCCAGCACGCCGUCCCCCCGCGUCCCCCGGCGGAGCUGCCAGCUCAGCGCCAGCCAGAACAGCCUCUGCCCCCUGCCGGUCUCCAUCACCGCCCCGCCCGUCCCCCCGCGCCACAACUCCAGCCCGCAGCUCCCCAAACUCCCACCAAAGACAUACAAAAGGGAGCCGCUGCAGCCGCCGCUACAAGGCCUCUCAUUGGUGGAGAAUGCCGACAGCAGCCAGUGAGCACGCUCCGUCGUUUUCCUCGCUUCAGACUACGACACAGUUGACUCAAAGCUACUGAUCUGAAAGAAUAACACUGCUCCACACUCUCUUAACUCCACCCUGUGCAUCGUCGCCCCCCGCUGUGCCUCUCAGGGGAUCAGUAGCUCCGCCUCCAUCCUAAACCCUCUGUGCCAAUGAGAAAACCCACACCGGUGUGCCAGCCAACGAACAGCAAGGAGAGUUUGUCGGAGCGGGGGCCUUCUGCUCCUGGUUUAAAAAGUUCUCACCCCUCGCACGCUCAGCUUUACCCCUCACGGUGGGGGUGAACGUGACGGACUUUGUAGCCUCAACCGGUCAUGCUUCGUUUCUUUUGGGCAUUGACGUCCUCUGGAGUCCUGCUGCAGGAUUUUUACGACCUCUCUUCUCCUCUCGUAGCUCCUCGGUGGCGACUGUGAGCAGCAACAGACGUUUCCACCGAGUUUUUUUUGUUUUCCCUACUAACUGAAAGCAAACGGUUGCCAAAGUCUUAUUUUAUGCAGGGGGAUAAGGGAUUUCUUUUUUUAAAUAAACGAAACAAAUGUGACAUUUAAAAAGAAACACACAAAGGAGGCGACACUGAAUCCCCCCCUCUAGACGUCGUAUUCUCACACUGUGACUGUGAAGAGUCAAACUGUCCUGACUGUUUUGUUGUUUCGUUUCGCGACAGCUACAAAACGUUGCCUUUAUAUUAAAAAUAAAAUCCAACAGCGGUGACCUCUGACCCCGAGCUCCAGGCGUCUCGGCCCGGAUGGGGGGGGGGCGGAAACGAGAGCCGAGAACACUCCAUUUGCACAUCAACCUUCGGGAAAAGUCAGCAGGAAAGCAAACUCCCCACGAUAUCAAACAGCACCGGGAUCCGGGUGGAAGAUAACUGAUCCCCUCAUGGACGCUCGCUGCUGUCUGACACUGUGCUCCCCGUUCUUCUUCUUCUUCGUUGGUUUUCAAACUUAGCACUGGAAGCACGCGUCCUCCCACCAAAGCUGCUCCUCCCUGCCAGUGACUGCUCCUAAAAACAAACACACACACACAAAAAGAGGAACUUUUUAACCCGGCUUCUUUUCUUUCUCUGCUUAAAACAUUUUUGUUUUUGUUUCACUUCGGAACAGACUGAAAUAAUCCAUGCAUCAUUGCUCAGAUGUGCCUUUUUAUUUUUGUUUUCUACUUCACAGAAAUGACCGAAACGGCGUCUAAAAUGCUCAAAAAAAAAAGAAAAGAAAAGAAAAAAUAAAGUUGCCUAUGUAAUGUUUAGAACAAAAGCUAUACACUAUGAAAUUGUACAUGUUUGUGGAUACUGUGUAUAUAUAACAUGUAUACACUAACUAAAUAAUUUGUAUAAAGUGACAAGUUUUUUUUCUCCUCCUCUUCCCCCCCUCUUGUUGUAUUGUACCCUCCAUCCGCAUCUGUUCAGUCAAAUAUUGCCUAAUAAUCCAAUGCUGCUACAGUCGGAUAAAAAAACCACAAAAAAACAAAAGAAAAAAACAAGUCGCUGUCACUAACUUACUUACAGACAAUCUCCAGUUGAAACACUGGGAGUAUUAACUGAGGAAAGCCAUUUUUUUCUUCUUCCCUGCCCCCUUUAGGUGUUUUAAAGCAAUGAGAGAGUAAAAAAAAACCACACAGUUCAGUAUGCCAAGCACUUACUUAGACUUUGUACAUCCUACUAAUUGCCUUUUCCUCCUUUUCAAAGACUUUUUAAAUGCAUUAAACAGAGGUUGUGUUCAACGUUUGCAGCUGAAUAUGUACAGACAUAUAUUCACUUGCAAAGUAUUGGGAGUGAAGAAUUGGACUCUCUUUUUUUUUUUUCUUUUUUUUUUUUCCUGAGAAACACACUUUGUGCACUUUAGGCUGUACUGUUGAAGAGCCGCAGUUGUUAUAGGUCAUGUUUGUAAAUGCAGUGGUCCUAUGCAACUGUUAAACUCACUUUCUUACGUGGAUCAGGGCAGAAAAAAAAAGUCUACCGCCUCACUUUUACCCCGCCGCCCGCCUCCUCCCGCUGCCGUUUUUGCUGAAGUUUGUGGCCGACACAAACGCCUGAGGAUGUCGCUCUGAAAACACAAACUCCUCGUCUUCGGUUUCGUGACGGCGGCGGCAGGAGAUUUUGAUCAAACUAUAAAAAGGGGGAGUUUAUGGAAGCUCUAGUCCGUCUCCCAGAUUUCCCAAAUGUCAGUAUUGGUGGGGUUAAUUUUGCCAAGAUUUUCUGUUUUUGUUUUUUUUUUUUUGUUUGAUAUUUUUUAUUAAAAGAAACCCUGACAGAAUAACAGAUUGGUUUUCCUCUCGGUGGCACUGUAACAGCUUGAUCCAGCAGUCAGUUUAUUCGAUGGUUUGUGGCCUUUUAACAGCUUUGUAUUAAUGGUCUUGAUGAGAUUAAUAAAUCACCCAGUCUUAUUUUGUACUGAA